AUGGCUCAUAUAUUUAUUUAUUCAUUCAUCUGUUCAUUUGCUAACCGGGUUUUUUAUUUUCAAUUUUCAAUUUUAGAAGAAAAGCACCUUGUUUCUGAUGUUCUGGUCGAGGAAAAUAAUCGUUUUUCAAAAUUAGAUGUUGUUCUUGCUACUGCAGAAAAAUGUAAUGCAAAUGAAAUUUAUGACAACGCAGUAAUAAUAUGUUCAAGUGAUGCGCAGAUACCACACUGUUUGAGCAAUGCCUUCUUAUUUUUGAAACCGAACGGGAAACUGUUUUUUAAUACUAAAGGAUGUAAUAUUUCUGAUGUCAAGAAGCAAAUGAUGUUCUCUGGAUUUUUGGAAACUACAGUUGAGCAAGGGAUGAAGAGUGAUGCCAGUUGUGUGCGCUCAAAAAAACCAGACUUUGCUGUUGGGCAUACAGCUCCGUUAAGCUUACCGAUAGUACAAAAAGUAUGGAACUUGGACGACGAUACGCUUAUUGACGAAGACGCCUUACUUAAUGAAGAAGACCUUAAACUACCUUCAGCAUCUGAAUUAAAAGCAGAAUGCAGCGACGCAAAUAAUUCUAAGAAAAAGCGACGUCCAUGCAAAAAUUGCACUUGUGGUCUUGCUGAGGAGCUGGAGGCGGAGAGGCAGCAGGCUCCUGGAAAGAAAGGCUGUGGAAAUUGUGCUCUUGGAGAUGCGUUUCGAUGUUCUACGUGUCCUUACUUGGGUUUACCGCCGUUUAAAACUGGUGAUGAUGGACGAGUGCAAAUACCAUCUGUAAUGGAUAUGUAA